AUGCUCGAGUUCUCCAUUUUGUCUGCGACAUCUCGCGAUCAAGAAUUAGCACAAAAAUUGUCUUCAAAUGAUUCUGACACUAGCGCUUCCUGGUUCACGAAAAAGUUAGAAACUAGCUUCUUCAUUAAAAUUCUCAUUCUUGAAGAAAUCACUCGUUUCCGCAGUCUUUGGUUCUCAAGCUCGACAGAGAAUCGCAUGUUGCCGCCGUAAAAAUCACUGCGCACAAAGACUUUCUCCGUUGGUGCACGACACAAUUGAAGCCAGAUUGAGCCAUUUUGAGCUUCUUCGCUGACGGUGUCGCUAGGAGUGCCGAAUCCGAAGUACGGCACCUCUAAGUCCUACCACGCCGACUACGACGUUUCCAAGCAGCUGACGUUCCGCGAAAGUUUGCAUCUGGAGGAUGAACCAGUUCUUUUGGCGACCUUCGACGCACCCGCCUUAUUCAUCAGGUCAAACGAAGAGCUCGAAGUAUGGAACUUUUUUAGAAUCACCGUGCACGGCUACUUCGACGAAGAUAAAAACGUCUACGGACAGAUUGGCCUCAUUGCGAUCAACGUUCUCAGCAACCACGGCGAGUUGACUUUCGUAUCAGCCGGUUAUAAAAGCAAGACAGAGGCAGCCGAAAAUUAAGCAUUGAUGCAUAUUUUACAAAUCCUUUCAACUCUUAUAAUUUUGUACUGAAACAUCCGAAAGCUAUCCGGGUAAUCCGUUAAUUAGGGUAGACUAAUUCCCGUUACUGGUUAUUCUACUGCUCUCAUUCUGAACUGUUUUUAUUAUUAUUUUCUAACAGUGCGCAGUGAAUAAACCUUUUUAUUAUUAUUAAAUCCCGCAGUUGGAUUCUCAAAACCUUUUGAACAGUCAAAAAACCAAAACAUAUUUUAUGCAUCGCUUUCCCAAUGGUUAUGUUAUGUUUAAUAGUCAAAGCAAAUGCGAAAUAUGUUUAAAAUGACGUGGGCAGUGAAAAUGGGACCAAAAACUCGAAAAAAUGGCUGCUGCGAACCGCGACGUCCUCAACUUUUUAGAGAGCAUCAAAUGUUAUAUUCAAUUAAUUUUCAUUUUUCGUUAGGUAGAAUAGUUUAGAUGAAGCUGUGGCGGUGGAAAUCGCAAAGGUUGAGCCGAAAAAUUCCCAUUUUCUUUCGCCCACUCAGCAGCUUCGCAAACCACAAAAGGUAGGUUUCCUUUCUUGCUAAGUUUUGAAAUUAAGACAUGACUUGAAGAAACAAAAACUAAAAAUUCUGACUCGAAUAUAAUUUUCCCCAGUGAGAGUUCAUGGACGAGUUAUACUGCUUGGUUAAAUUUUUAUUCACGCCACCUAAAGGAAAAAAAACUGAGAAGAUUAUCUUUCGUUGAAUAUGGUCUUUUUGCAUCUCUGCGACCGUUGCCGGUCCAAUACCAAGCAAAUACGGAAAAAUUUCUCUGAAGUAUUCUCUAAAUUGAAAAGUAGGAUGUCUCUGAAAUAUGAAAAAGCUUUCUUUAAAGUUCGAAUACAUACUAGAGAAAUGUAAAAAACAAUAACAAAAAUCAGGGCCUGGCUUGCAUUGAUAUCACUCAAAAAAAAAAAUUUAAUAUUUCGAAAAAUUAUUUCGCCAAUUUCAAAUUUUUGUGUUAUUGAUCAAUAGUUAAAGUGUUUGAAUAGUAAUUAUGUUUAUAUUAGAUGUUCCUACUUCGAUCAAUAUAAAAAAACUGUUUUUUUCUUUGAAGUAAACGGAUCUGUUUAUUUUUUUCACUUUCUAUAUUCACAAACACUGAUGAAUCAUGAAUUCCAUAACUGAGGGCUCUAUUCACUGACAGAAUAGCACGGGAGUCUCAUUUCCCGUUGACUUUGUGUUUCGACCAUUGCCAUAUCCGGUUUCUCUGCCGGCACCUGCCUUGCUCAAUUCGCAUUCUAAUCGUGAAUAGUUCACCAAAAGUACUGUUUUUGGACCACUCCUCAAAAAACUGUAGGAAUUCUCUCACUUCAACAGUAAAUAUUUCACUUUUCGUUAUUUUCUAAAAAUUCAAAAAAGUCGUUACUUUCUUAUGAGCAUUUAUAUACACUUUUUAGUUAAUCUGAACCUAAAGCAGUAGUAAGCGUAUAGUUCUCAAAAUGUUCUUCUUCAAAAUAAAAGCGUGAAUGGUUCUGUUGCUAGGCGACAAUAUUUCGUCUUUACAUCUGAUCCUUUCGUUUUUCCUUCCAUUUUCUGUCUUUCAUUUUUUUUUUCACCUAAAUCUAAUUUUAUUUUUCAACGAAUCCUACCAGACAUAGUUUGUAGACUGGCAUUUUUUCUGUUUGUUCAAACUCCCAGCUUUUCUCGCAGCACAACGCUGUCUCAUCACAUAUUGUUGGUAGUCGAUGUUGGUUCCUUUUGCCGUUUGUUGACUUCUUUCGUAAUAGUUAUUUACCUGUAAAUUACUUGCUUUCAGUGAUUUUUAAUUUUUUUUUUUAACUUCCUUUCAAUACUUUUUUUUAAAUGAAUUAAUUCAGGAGAUGCCAAUGAAAGCGCAGCCAAAAACAGCAAAAACAACAAAGAUUUGGUUCGAAAGCGACGAAGAAGACGAAGAAAUUCUUUUCUCGAAGGAUAUGGUCACGCGGCUCAACGACAAGUCCAAGAAACUGCAGGAGGUUCUGCCCAUUGACAUAAACGUUUAAUAUUUUGUUUUGCAGAGUUGGAGCGACUCUAAGACCGUCGAUAAGCCUGUUAAAGAAUCUUCUCUAGAUGAAAAAGGUAAAAAAAGUUUUUUUCUUGAAAGUUAAAGUCGAUCGCCCUUAAUGGAUAUUGAAAUCCAUGGUCAAAGACCAAAAAAAUAGAAUUUUUUUAAAAUUUAACGAAAGGUUUUUCUUCGUGGAUUAAUUCUAGAUAGAGCGGUUUUGAAAAUGAAUUCAAUUUGAUUUAAAAAACUCACUAUCAUUUACACUUUCUAAUAUUCUGCUGAAAGAGAGAGAGAAAAAAAACAUUCCAAAAACGUAGCAAUCUUUCCGUUUUUUCUUCAUUUUAAAAUGAAACUUUUUUUUGUGCAGAUAAACUGAAAACGCCACAAUACUAUCGAUAUUCGUAG